GCAACACGGGAGCCACUACACCCAGAGUGGUCUAGCGGUGCCAAGGCUCCGAGACUCCGAUGUCCCAGGACUCUUUUCAAUAUCUCUCAAUGGCUUCAAUUGUGAAUUCGACGUCGCAAUCCCUCACAAUACGCCCAGGAUUCUGGCAAACAUGUCUUUCGUGAGACUUCCUACCCGGUUACUCUCCAUUGCACGAGCUACACCCCAGCUUGUUGGGCACACUCCUAUCCGAACGCCACACCAAAUUCGUUUCGAAUCCACGAGAGUCCCACGAUUAGCCCAAGCCUCGAUCUGGAGCUCCAUGGUCCCUAAAUUCAUCCGAAACCGCGGUUCCAAAGAAACAACGGCCGAGUCAGCGAAAUCGAAAGAAUGGAAUCCCGCUAGCUUCUACAUCAUCAUAUUCAUCUUGAUUGGAUCACAAGCGAUCCGGAUGAUCGCGCUAAAGAACGACUACCGCGCAUACACGCGGACGACAGACGCUAAGAUCACGCUUCUACGAGAAGUCAUUGAGCGGGUGAAGAAUGGUGAGAAGGUAGACGUGGAGCGAUUACUGGGGACUGGCGAUCAGGGCAAGGAGAGGGAGUGGGAAGAGAUUCUGCAUGAGAUCGAGGAGGAGGACUCGUUAUGGCAUCAGAAGUCGAAGGAUCAGGAGCCGGAUCAACAAUCUCAGUCGAAAGAACAGCAGGUGGAGAACUCGCAAAAAGACCCAGUUAUGCCUGCUGAAGGCGCCGGAAAUGAGGAGCCACCUGCAAAUAGCCCCUCGAGACGGAAGAUAAAUUUCUUCUGAGAGUAUUUUCUAUGGGAUUAGCCAGCUUGGGGGUACAAAUUUCAGCUGUAUAUCUUGGCAUUUAACCAAUACGGGGGGCUCCGACCGGAGAGUAUGGAAACCUCGUGAGUUACCUACUAUGCUGCUGAUGCGGCG